GGAGGAACUACUGGAGAGAAAAAAAAAAAGUUAAAGUAAAAAAUGGCUUCCUUGUCUUUGGAGUCUACAGAACAAUCUGAGAACAGCCCAGAGGAGCCAACGGCAACGGAGUCCAAAGAAGAGAACGAUACGGUGCAAAUUUCGGAACAAUUACUCCAAAGUUUCCAAAAGUCGGCUCUGAAUUUUUCCACUGACCAAGUAGCAUGUCUCUGCGAGGCCCUUCUGCAGGCGGGCAAUGUGGAUCGCCUGUGGAGGUUUCUAUCCACCAUACCUCCUUCGUCCGAUCUGCUACGUGGCAACGAGACCGUGCUGAAGGCCCAGGCAUUGGUGGCUUUCCACAGGGAAGAAUUCAAGGAGCUGUACGCCAUCCUGGAGAGCUACGACUUCCACCCGUCUAACCAUGGGUUCCUGCAGGACCUGUACCUGAAAGCCCGCUACAAGGAGGCGGAGAGGUCCCGGGGCCGCAGCCUGGGCGCAGUGGACAAGUACCGGCUCAGGAAGAAGUUCCCCCUGCCCAAAACUAUCUGGGACGGAGAGGAGACCGUGUACUGCUUCAAAGAAAAGUCCCGAAAUGCCCUGAAAGAGUGCUAUAAGAGCAACAGGUACCCCACUCCGGACGAGAAGAAAAACCUUGCCAAAGUCACCGGACUGUCCCUCACACAGGUCAGCAACUGGUUCAAGAACCGCAGGCAGAGGGACAGGACCCCGUCCGGGACCCACAGCAAAAGUGAGUCUGAUGGAAACCACAGCACUGAGGAUGAGGCGAGCCCUAUGGACGACACCCCUGACAAACCAGAGGAGGCUGCUGGCUCCACAGCUUCCAUCAUCUCUCUCUCUGCCGUCCCCAGCAGUACGGGAGGCCAGCUCAUCCUCAACGGGUCCGGUGGCUUCCUCACAGCCUCUCAGCCAUUACUACUUAAUGGAAAUUCCCUGAUCUCCAGUACGGGUGCUGGUGUCAUAAUUAAUGGUCUAAGCUUAGGAGAUUGCCAGACAGUCACACUGAGUCCUGUUGCAACCAACUCUCCUUUAAUACUGAAUGGGGCUCAGGUAAUAACCAAACCUAGUAUCAGUGUGCAGCAGCAAGCAGUUUCUAUGGCACAGCAGGAGGUUUCGGCCAUGGAGGCCAAGCCGAGCACUCUUCCAGCAGUUGUUUUUAGUACUAACACCACACCCGUCUCGUACCCUCCAUCCAUCAUCUCUCUUCCUCUACAAACUAAAACCGAGAGCGACAAUGCAAUGGAUUUCAUCGGUGUCCCUGAAUCAGAGGGCAGCAUUCAGACAGUAUCUUCCUCUUCUUCAUCUCCCUCCUCACCAACUCUGUCCUUCCCAACCAGGCUCCCCUCACUAGUCUUAACACAAAACACCCAACGCCACGAGUCUCUCACCCUCCCGACCUCUAUGUCGUCAGGAGGCAUGGUAUUCUCCAGUUCUGCUGUGCCUCUCUCCAGUCAGCAAGGGGAGUAUGUUUUCUUAGCCUCUGCUAGCUCCCACUUAAACCCUUCUAGCUCUGUGGUUUCCUCCAGCAGCUCCACCCCUCAGGUCUUCUCUCUGCCACAGGUUGUGCCUUCCAUCCAGGGCAUACCAGUAUCCCAGCUGGUCCAGCACUCUUCAGGGGCCCAGGUUUCCCAAUGCCCCCAGUUGGUCCCAGUAUCCCCCCUCACCUCGCCAUCUCCCCAGUUCCAAGACCAGACAGUGAACACAAGCAACAGACUGGUGCAACAGCAGCAGGAAGCUUCAACAACUUUGCCUGAAGGGGCCACAACCAUAGUUUCUAUCUCACAGCUUAACAACAAUCAGCUCCCACAGCGAACGGUACACCAGCUAGGGGACCAAAGCACAAACUCCUCACCCAGCAAAAUCCAAGUCCCACAGGUUAUUUCCAUCUCUUCCCCGACACAAGUAGUCCCAGUCCCCCAGGCCAAAGGCACCACAGCAGCACAGUUAGUCCCCCUCUCCAUGCCUCAGCUGGUCCCAGUCUCGCCCAUCCAAACUUCUACCACCAUCUCCUUCCCCCAAGUGGUACCUGCCAGUCCUCUCUCCAUCCCCUCUGCUGGAGUGCCCUUCCAGAUCCUGACUUCAGCUCCUGCAGGGGUCGCACAGGGUCCUCUCAGGAUAAACCAGCUGAGGCCCAUUCAGAGUGUGGGUCCCCCAACCAGCAUGGCCCCUGGUGUGCAGCUCCUCAACUCUGGGAUCAUUCAGCUGCCCUCUGCUCCUUCAGGUAACCUUCUCCUCGGUGGAAGCCCCUACCUGAGUGUCCAGCAAGGCAAGCUGAUUCUGACCAUCCCAGCAGGCAUCCAACUAGCCAGGUUGCCGCUUAAACCAGUCCCAGAGGCUUCACCCAUCUCUCUAAAUGGAUUGAGUCAUGUUCUAACCCCCUUCACCCCUCCUGUCGUCUCAACCACCUCAGGCCCGACCCCCAGUGGCCUCACAUCAUCUCCCCUAAACUUCAUCAACUCGUCUCCACCGUACUGUGCUCCAGAGACUGGGACACCUGCCGCCCCCUCCCCUCAUCCACCGGACCAUCCAGUCACUCCUACCACGCCAAAUACUUUGACUCCAGAGAGUAUGCUUACCCUCAGUCCUAUGUACAGUGGGGCGACACCCAACAUCCAGUUGUCCCAACCAGCCUGGAGCCCUGUGCCCCUCUCCACUUCAGCUAGUCUAACUCUGUUUGAUGUCCGCGGCAAGGGGGACCUACCUGUAGACCCGGCUUUGUUAGGCCUACCUGGAGGAGAGUCGCUGCUUCUGGGAAGCCCUUCGCCAGAGCAGGACGUGGAAGCCAACUCGGCACUGAGGAAUCCAGAGGAGAUGGAUGGGGACUCCAAGAUUCUUACUCAGCUCCAGUCUGUCCCUGUGGAUGAUGACCUGGGCUUGUAGUUUGUUUACCUUGCUGGUCGGCAACCCAGUGUCUCUAAAAACAGAAAAGAUUAAACAAGCAGUAGGUUGCAGUCUCUGCUGUCUGAAAGAUUGUAUUCCACAUUGUCAAUCCUCCUAAGAGCCAAAUGUUUUUUUUUGUUUUUUUUUACAGUCAGUUCAGGUUCUGACUUGUACAGCAAUGAUGCUCUCUCAGUAGGGCCUCAUACCAUCAUGUUCUUAGCUGACACUUUGGAGAUAAAUCCUCUGCAGCUCUAUUUCACAUGGAUGGGCAGAGUUCUAUGGGAUGUGCACAAGCGUCUCAAAGUUUUUUC